GUGAUGUGUUGGGCAAUAAUGGCUGAUGUCUGUCCGUCUGUAGACUACGUGUGUGUUGUGUGAGUCAGUUGAUGCUGUAUCCCCUCUCGAGGUUGAAGGCCUCGCGGGCCGGGUUGAGGGUCGCCUUGGGAGGUGCCUGGAGGCUCGCGUAGAAGCUGUUUACUCCCUGCGUUAGAGGGAAAGGAGAGAGCAAGAGAAACAAAUAGAAAACAGAGCAGCGAGCGAGCGAGCAAUGUAAUGAAUGACACGUGUCGUGUGUGCGUGAUUCAGCUGAUAUCUAUCGUCCCUCACUCACCGCGGUCUGCGUCCUCACCUCCUCCUCUGCACCCACACACACAGGUGCUUGCGGGCUGAUCUGAUGGAUGGACGGAUGGAUGGAUGGAUGGGUGGAUAUGUGUGUACCUCCCUACCGUUGUUUGUGCCUGCCAUGUACCACAACUCAAUCUUCGGGCCCUUGUUGCUGUUCUCGAUCUGACGCACAGGCACGAAUACCAGACACGUACACACACGCGGAUCGGAUUCACCUGCGCACGUGCUCAUGGAUGUAUCGCAUCUGUGGGCGCCGUGUGGUUUGGUCUGUGUGGCCGUACGAAGCGGAUGCCGCAGAGUCUCUCGUAUGGUUUGAUGUUGGUGGUAAUGGCGGCGGCCAACAGGCGAUUGAGAUGCUCGUCUGGCCAACCAACGGGAGCACGCAAAGGCGAUUGGUCGGUUGAUGGGUUUGUCUGCCUGCACUCGUGUGAAGAGCUCAGUCACCUACGUCAUACCGGUCCGCGCUCUUGAUGGAGGCGAAGAUGUGCGGCUCUGUGUGUGGGACGCUCCAGCCUCCAUCCGCUUCUCACCUGAAGACACCGACGCCCUUGGCGGCAUCCCCACGCCAGGUGCG